UUGAAGAUAGUUGAUGUGAACGACCUUGGGUAUGGUACGGCGCUGCGUACCAUGCAACAUACGAAAUAAUCAAUUUGUUGAAGACAACUUUUGGUGAGGCGUAGGCCUCCAAGAUCGUGCGAUUGAAGACCGCUGGAUUAUUUGUUGUGAGCUUAAGCGAAAUCGCGCCUAUGACAUACGGACCCAAUUACUGGUCGAAAAAAGUCCUCUCAGCUGGAAUUCAUUCGAACCAGUUGCGGCGGUCAUUUGACCGAAAUAAUUUUGAUAUCAUAAUGACAAAGCCUUAUCAUUGAUUUUCAAUUACCGUAAACAACUAAAGUUUGCUUUUAAUAUUAUGGUCUGAGUUAUAUAUUUUUGUUUAGCUCUAAACUUGAAAAUAUUUAUGACUUUUGUAAUGAUUUUUAAAGUUUGUAGAAAUGCCUUUUCAGCAAGCUGGGCACCUUAAUUCUGAAAAUUUGUAUGAUCACGUUAUUGAAAUCAAAUUAUUGAAAUAAAAAGCUUUUUGAAAAGUCAGCAUAGCGAAAGUCAUUUUAGACCAAUUCUUUCUUCACGAAAAUUGCUUGAUAUUAUCCGCAGAAUACGUUUCAGUUCGACAACGAAAUAAAUUGACCCGCUCUAAUACCAUAUAGUACAAACGUUUUGUGAAGUUUUCUUCGGUUCUGCUUUAAACAAUCAUAUAUUCAAAUCUGUUUGUUUGUGUGUACGAAUUUUUGUUAGCAAAAAUACAAUUUUUCGAAAAGCCAUAAAAGUCAGCAAAAUGUGGGACAAACGAUAUUUGUGGUAAUUUUUAAUGGCUUCUUCAAUAAAAUAAGGUACAUAUGUGCGUCGUCAUGUUAAAAUUCUUACAAAAUUAAAAAGCAAUAAAAAUGUUGUGAAAAUUGUUGAUUCUACGGUUUCGAAAUGCGUAAAGGGUGUAGAGUUUGGGGUUAAAAAGUUUUAUUAUAGCUUUUCACUUUGCUUGCCUGCUUUGGGGCACCUAAAAUACUUCCUUGAAUAUUGUAAAUGCUAUAGAAAUGUGUAAUUGUUUCGUUAUGUAAUUUUGAAGUUGUCAGUGGUCAGCCGUGAGGUUAAAAAAAAGGAAUAUACCUUUAAUUAUCUUAAAAAAAUAUUAAAAAAAAAUUUAUCAUUGCAAGCAAAUGUCAAACUAAAACUAUUGGUUGCCAUAGUGAUUUCGGUGUAGAAAAUUAUUGAAAUCCCUCUCAGCUGACAGCUGUCAUAUUGACAGUGAUUUCAGUUCAGUAAACCAAAGAAAUUUAAGUCAGCUGUACAUAAAGGCAGUCGCUUAGCAUAACAACAAUGCUGUAAGGACAACGCCAAAGCAACAUCAAAAUGCGCAAAUUUAAUUGUUUACAGCGUUUGCUUUGAAGUGCUUGGCGCCACUUUAUUGCGUCAAAACCACAAUCAAAAACAACGGAUGAGUUACGUGCACACAGUCAAAAUGUCGACCACCUCCGAAAAUUGCCAGCCAAAGAUCACCACCGACUAGAAACCGUUAAUUAAAAUCUUUCAGACCACCAAGCAACUACUACAACAAAAAUAACAAGGACGACUGGCAUUCACUGGCGUUUUGAUUCAUUUUGGGUGUCACGUACGCGUGAGUCAAGCGCUCGACAAGCUUCUAAGACCACCUAAGACACACACGUGAGUGCGCAGGAACAAGCAAGUGGAGACGCGAGUAGAGAAACAAUGAUGGCGCAGCCAUUGAAUUGUCCUGCGAAUGUUGAUAUGUGCACAGGUUAUGCAAUGAGUGCUCAUACACGCAGAGCAGCGACCGUGUGGCGUCGCCGAAAACCCGCAACCACAGUGACGAUGGUAAUACUGUUGAUCAACGUCGCCUCAACGGCACUGACAUUGGCGGCGGCGGCAGCGGUGACUUUGCAAACAACUGAGCGGGCGGCGCUGAGCAAUACUAACAACAACAACAACAGUAGAAAUGGCACGCUAGCGAAUAUCACAACAAUAAUUGUGGAUGCCAACAAUGGUGGCGACGGCGACGGCGCCGUGAAUGCCACGUCAACGCAAAACAUCAUCCAAUUAAAGUUACCCAUUUCGCUGAUGGCAACAACCAUCGUGCCAUACCCCGAACAGCAUCAGGGCACUAAGGUGACCAACGCCAACAAUAACAAUGACGUCGCCACAGACUAUGAGUAUGAGCAUAGAAGCGAUUUGAUCAACAAUAAGUGGAUUCAAGUCGUCUUCUGCAUUAUCUAUGCCACAGUUUUCGCACUCGGCAUAUUCGGCAAUGUGCUCGUAUGCUACGUUGUGAUACGUAACCGUACAAUGCAGACUGUGACGAAUAUUUUCAUUACGAAUCUGGCGCUAUCCGAUAUUUUGCUGUGCGUGCUGGCUGUGCCCUUUACGCCACUCUACACCUUUAUGGGUCGUUGGAUCUUUGGUGAGUUUCUCUGUCAUCUCGUCUCCUUUGCGCAAGGUUGCAGCAUAUACUUGUCUACAUUGACUUUGACGGCGAUCGCUGUGGAUCGUGUGUUUGUUAUCGUCUUCCCCUUCCGGCCGCGCAUGAAGCUGACAACGACCAUCUUCAUACUCAUCACAAUUUGGAUACUCUCGAUUGUGUUCACGCUCCCCUACGGCCUCUUCAUGCGUAUCGUUAUUACGGAGACAUAUCUGAGGGUCGCUAAUGAGACGACGAGCAUUGACACCGAAACAACCACUAAUGACACGGCGAUUCUGCGCAUUGUCACCGAUAAUAGUAGUAAGGAGGCGUACAGCGAGUAUGCCAUUGCGACUUUGGCUACGACAGUUUCAAAUAUCACAGAUUUGGCUUUAUAUACACCCAAAGACAGUGCCAAAACAGCGUUGAUGCCAAGAGGCAAUGCCAUAUAUACCACCUACUGUGAGGAGAAUUGGCCCACGGAGCAGUUUCGGCGUGGUUAUGGUUUUGUUACCGCCUUAUUUCAGUUCUUUGUGCCGCUGUUCAUCAUUACUUGUUGCUAUGUGUGGGUGUCGGUGAAACUGAAUUCACGUCAGCGUAGUAAACCGGGCAACAAGUCAGUGGCACGCGAGGAGGCAGAUCGUGAGCGUAAAAAGCGUACGAACUACAUGUUAAUGGCCAUGGUGGUCGUUUUCGCUAUCUCUUGGCUGCCCAUCAAUGUGGUUAAUGUCAUUGACGACUUUUAUGAUAAGUCAAACGAUUGGCCUUUCUACACAUUCAUAUUCUUCAUUACACACGCCAUUGCAAUGUCUUCGACUUGCUACAAUCCCUUUCUGUACGCCUGGUUGAAUGAUACCUUUCGUAAGGAGUUCAAAAAUGUCUUACCCUGCUUCAAUCCAUCCGCACAGCGUUUGUCGUCAUCAAAUCGUCGCUGCUUCAAUCGUUCGGAUCGCAACACAUGCGGCGGCACGCGUCAUCGUGAUAUGGGCAAUGGUUGUGGUCUGGGCGCAAGUAUGGAUUUGGAUGAUGGUGAUGAGAAUGAUAAUGGUAUUACGCAGGAAACGUCGUUGGCGCGUACGAAGGAGCGUGAUACGAGUACGACGCGUACACAUGCGCCGUGUAGUAAUGGCAGUGAUGCCGUGAAGUCGCAUAAGUCGGGCGAUUUAGUGUUGGUGCACAAGCCGCACGUGGCGGAUACAGCGCUAAAUGAUAAGCGGCAGUGCGUGUUCGAUGAGGAUUGCGUGUCGGGUGAUGAGAAUACAGUGGAGAUGCGUUUUGUGAAUCUAAAGAAUUCAACGGAUAUCUGUCUAAUGGAAGCGGGCUUCAAUAAAGAGGUGGGCGAGCAAGAUUAUGACUAACAAUUGGUAUUUGAAACGCAUUUCUAAGUCUCCGAAUCUACAUCUGCAUUCACCGAAAGUAAGAAAUCUAGUUACGAAAUAUUGAUCUAAAUAAUAAAAUUAAAAAUAAAAAUGAAUAAGUGAAAUUCGAAGU